UUGUUUUGUGCCGGUGUUAAACGUUCGAGUGGAUUAUUUGAUGAUAAAACUUUGCAAAUCUAAAGGUUCCAAAGAAGUAUGGCUGAUGACGAUGAGUCGGGCAUUCAUAGGCUGGAAGGCACCAGUAGCAGUGAAAUGCGUGGAGGUCUAAUAAUAAAGAAAGCUAAAAGUGAGGACAGCACCAAAUUCAAAAUUCCAAAACCAUCGAUUUUGGGUUUGGACAAAUUGGCGGUACAAAAACGAAAAGAACGCGAAGAAAAAGAAAGGCUCAUAUCAUUCAGAGAUAAUGAGCAUGAUGACGACGAUAGAAGUGGUGGGAAUAGGACACCUUCUACUCCCGGAAACGUCAGCGAGUUCGCUUUUAAGAAACCUGAUACGCAAAGUUUUCAGAAGGUCAGCCGUCAGCUAAGAGCCCACAAAGAUGAGACACCUUCGCAUACUGGAGGGGUCUCGGAGGAGGCCCGAGAGCGUCUGAGAGAACAUAUCAAAAGAGAUAGAAGUAAGGGCGGUGUCCACUACACAAGCAAAGAAGGUCGUGAUGAUAGAGAUCGGAGCAGAUCGUCUUCAUCGAAAGAUAGGUAUCGUGAUCGGCAAAGAGAUCGGGAUCGUGAUCGAGAUAAAAGUCGGGAACGACGCCGUGAAAAAGAAAGAGAUCGUGAAAAGGAUCGCGAUCGUGAUCGCGACCGUAGUUCUCGUAGUGUAAAUACGCCCCGUUUUAGGGAUGAGCCUAAAACGCCUUCAGGAGUAUCGGUCUCUGGUAGCGCCUGGGAUGAAGAUGAGCCUGCUGAACGAUCGUCGCGAAAAUCGUCUUGGGACUUUCCCACACCAAAGUCCUACGCCAAUUCUGAAAGGGGAGAUUGGUCGGAACGUAGUUCGAGCAGUGGUUUCGGAUCGGAAUAUUCUAGGAACCGAUCACGAAGAGACCAUAGACGAGACGAUGAUUCUGCCCGUCCAACGCCAUCACAUAAAUAUAAUCAAUGGGCUAAUGACCGUAAGCGGUCUGGAGCUACACCCUCUUCAAGUCGUAGCAGCCGUCAACCAUGGGGCGAAAAUGAGGAAGAUCGUGACAUGUGGGAAGAGGAACAGCGUCGACUCGAUCGUGAGUGGUACAAUAUCGAUGAGGGUUAUGAUGACGACCACAAUCCAUUUGGUUCUGCAAAUGCCGAAUAUUUUAAGAAACGUGAAGAAAUGCUUGAACAAAAGCGCACCAAACGCAUCAGUGCCCAGCAAAGACAAAAUAAUAAAGAUAAUGAAUUGUGGGAACGAAAUCGUAUGCUUACAUCUGGCGUCGUCAUGUCCAUCAACGUCAACGAUGACUUCGACGAGGAAGCUUUGGAACGUGUACAUCUUUUAGUUCAUCACAUUAUACCACCAUUUUUGGAUGGGCGUAUAGUGUUUACCAAGCAACCUGAGCCCGUAAUACCCGUCAAAGAUCCCACAUCGGAUAUGGCCCUAUUAGCCCGAAAGGGUAGUGCUUUAGUGCGCGUAUACCGAGAGCAAAAAGAACGCCGCAAGGCACAAAAAAAACAUUGGGAAUUGGGAGGUACCAAACUUGGAAAUAUUAUGGGUAUUGAGAAAAAGGCAGACGAAGAAGAUGCGAAAUAUGACAAAGACACAGAUACGGCUGAUUAUCGAAAAGACCAAAAAUUUGCUGACCAUAUGCGCAACCAAGACAGCUCGUCGGGAACAAGUGAUUUCUCCCGCAAGAAAACCAUUUCUGAGCAAAGGCGUUUCCUGCCUGUAUUCGCAGCCCGUCAAGAGCUCUUGAACAUAAUACGGGAGAAUUCGGUAAUUAUAAUAGUCGGAGAAACAGGUAGUGGUAAAACUACCCAAUUAACACAAUAUCUCCAUGAGGAUGGCUAUAGUAAUUUUGGCAUGAUUGGGUGCACACAACCUCGUAGAGUUGCUGCUAUGUCAGUUGCUAAACGCGUUUCAGAUGAAAUGGGAACAAAAUUGGGUGAGGAAGUUGGCUAUGCCAUACGUUUUGAGGAUUGCACCUCGGAGAAAACUGUUAUUAAAUACAUGACAGAUGGUAUAUUGCUUCGCGAAAGUUUACGAGACCCAGAUUUGGAUGGUUAUUCGGCAAUAAUUAUGGAUGAAGCCCACGAACGCUCAUUAUCGACCGAUGUUUUAUUCGGACUGUUGCGCGAGAUCGUAGCCCGUAGACGUGACUUAAAACUGAUUGUAACGUCAGCCACCAUGGACUCGACAAAGUUUGCCAUCUUUUUUGGCAAUGUACCGACCUUCACAAUACCCGGACGUACAUUUCCUGUGGAUGUUUUGUUUGGCAAAAAUGCCUGUGAGGAUUAUGUUGAAUCAGCUGUGAAGCAAGCCUUGCAAAUCCAUUUAACGCCCAAUGAGGGCGACAUGUUGAUUUUCAUGCCCGGUCAAGAGGACAUUGAGGUCACCUGUGAGGUGUUGGCGGAACGCUUGACUGAAAUUGACAAUGCUCCCGAACUAUCCAUACUGCCCAUUUAUUCACAACUGCCUUCGGACUUGCAGGCGAAAAUAUUUCAGCGUUCAGCCGAGGGUUUACGCAAAUGUGUGGUGGCUACCAAUAUUGCCGAAACGUCUUUGACUGUGGACGGUAUUAUCUAUGUCAUCGAUUCAGGAUUUUGUAAAUUGAAGGUCUAUAAUCCUCGCAUUGGUAUGGAUGCUUUGCAAAUCUAUCCCAUAUCACAAGCUAAUGCCAAUCAGCGCUCCGGUCGUGCUGGGCGUACUGGCCCCGGUCAAGCGUUUCGUUUGUAUACCCAACGCCAAUACAAGGAUGAACUUUUGCCACUAACUGUACCUGAAAUUCAACGAACUAAUUUGGCCAAUACAGUAUUGCUGUUAAAAUCCUUAGGUGUUGUCGAUUUGCUUCAAUUCCAUUUCAUGGACCCCCCACCCCAGGAUAACAUAUUGAAUUCUCUGUACCAACUUUGGAUAUUGGGUGCCUUAGACCAUACAGGAGCUCUAACGCCACUGGGGCGACAGAUGGCCGAAUUUCCACUGGAUCCUCCGCAAUGUCAAAUGUUAAUUGUCUCCUGUCAAAUGGAAUGUAGUGCUGAAGUCUUGAUAAUAGUCUCUAUGCUAUCGGUGCCAUCUAUAUUCUACCGUCCCAAGGGCCGAGAAGAGGAGGCAGAUGGUGUACGUGAAAAGUUCCAAGUACCGGAAUCUGACCAUUUGACAUAUCUCAAUGUGUAUUUACAAUGGAAGCAAAAUAAUUACAGUUCCAAUUGGUGCAAUGAACAUUUCAUUCAUGUCAAGGCUAUGCGUAAGGUGCGGGAAGUUCGACAACAACUCAAGGAUAUUAUGCUUCAACAAAAGCUAACCGUAAAGUCAUGCGGCACCGAUUGGGAUAUCAUAAGAAAAUGUAUUUGCUCUGCUUAUUUCUAUCAAGCGGCUCGCCUAAAGGGUAUUGGCGAAUAUGUUAACUUGCGUACUGGCAUGCCAUGUCACCUCCAUCCUACUUCAGCUUUAUACGGUCUUGGUACCACACCAGAUUAUGUAGUCUACCAUGAAUUGGUUAUGACGGCCAAGGAAUAUAUGCAAUGCGCCACUGCCGUCGAUGGUUAUUGGUUGGCUGAAUUGGGUCCCAUGUUCUUUUCCGUUAAGGAGACUGGACGUAGUGGUCGCGAGAAGAAGAAACAAGCUGCCGAACACCUCAAGGAAAUGGAAACGCAAAUGCGUUUAGCCCAAGAGGAAAUGGAGGAGCGGAAACUAAAAGCAGCUCAACGGGAGGAGCAACUUGCAAAUAAACAAGAAAUAGCUACUCCAGGACACGCAACACCCCGGCGUACUCCUUCCAAAAUUGGCUUGUAAUUGACAAAAGAGAGAAACUAAAUUUAAUAGUAUUUUGUCUAAAUAGCGAAAUAUCCUUUUGACUAAUUUUGUGCAAAAAAACUAAAAAAAAUAAAAAUAAAUCGGUUUUUGAAGGCAA